UGCAUACACAAGCACACAAAUAACUCUAUAUCUUUAUUUCUUUUUUGCUUCUCGUUUUUUUUUUCUUUGUAACUUAUCGUCAAUACUAUAUUGUUUUUACCAACAUUGUUGUUUUUCUCUUUUUCUUUUUAGCACUAUAUAGAAACAUAUGGUUAUUACUUUUUUUUUUGCCUUGAUUUAUUCGAUCUGAAAUAAGCAAAACACAUACGUAUAUUAAACACGAAUUGCUCUAUUUAACUUCUUCUUCUUCGUCUUUUUUUAUUAUGCGGAACAUGAGUCUAAUUCAAGUUUUUCUUUCUUUUGUUUGUUCAUUUCAUUUUUGUUAUUAUUUAAAAAAAAACCGUACGUGUUUGUCUGUAUGGAUGUUUGACGAUUUGCUAAAGAUGAUAAUUCAUUUGAUAUGAUUCUUUAAAUGGACUACAAGUGACAUCUGAUCAAAAAACAAAAGAUUACAGAUUGGUGAUAGAAAAUUUUCUUUGUUAUUUCAAAUUUUCAUUUCAAUAAUCAGUUAGAUAUAAAAAUCAAUGUAUAUCAUACAAAUAGUCUUUUUCAUUUUAUUUAUUAUAUCAACAGAUAGUAUUAAUAAUAGCUUAUUAUCUAAUGAUGUUCAUCCAUGUUUAUCUCGAUCUAUGGAACAAAUUUUUCUUGAAUAUGAACAAGAAAAAUUUGAUUGUUCAUCACUUUCAUCACAAAUCCAAACAACACUUGCUAUUCAUUUUACAUUUUGUCAUUUAAAUUCAACUGGUAUUAAUCCUAAAACAAUAUGUUCUUUAACAUCAUUUGAUAGAAAUAUAAAUGAAUGUUUGAAAAAUAUAACGAAAAAUUCAUUUGCUUAUUUAACUUAUACAAAUUUUAUUCCACAUAUACAAAGUAUUUGCUAUGCAAUUGAAACACAACAAUGGCAUAAUCAUAUACGAAAUACUGUUUUACAAAUAAAUAUACAUUCAAAUCAAAUUGAAACUGAAACAAAACAAUUAUUAAUUGAACAAGAAACAAUGCAAGCUAGUCUUGAUCAAGCACUUAUGAUAAAUCAACAUUCUAUUGAUGAUGCACUUAAUGUUGAUCGAUAUCUUCAGGUAGCUCAAACAGAUGUAGAUGAAUUACAAGGACAUUUGUAUGUUAAAGAUAAAGCACAAAUUGAACUUAUACAACAAAUAUUAGAAAUACUUUUUAAUAUUCAAACAUCAUUGUUUACGGAUGCAUUUGGUUUAAGUUCAUAUUUUUUCUAUACAAUAUCACUUAUUGGUAUUCAUAUAUUGACAAUACCUGAACGAACAAGUGAUUCAAAAUUUUGGUUAAUACUUUUAUGGCUAUGUUUGAUUGGUAUAGAACGUUAUAUGCUUAUUUUCUCUUCAUAUUCUCAAAUAAUUCUUUAUGAUGUAUUAUGGCGUUUUCGUCAAUUAUGGCUUUUUGUCUCUUGUAUAACAUUGACUUAUCAUGCUGUGCGAUAUAGAAAUUAUUAUAAAGAAAAUCAGAAAUUAAUUGAUGAGAUUAAUCGUAAACAUAAAAAACUUGAAAUAGCUGCUAGAAAAUGCUUAAAUGUUAUCAAUCAAUUGGAUAUGAUUAAUGAUUCUAUUUCUGAUGAUACAAUAAGUUGUUCAUCUGAAAACAAUGAUACGUCUACAUCAAGUUCUUUAACUAAUGAUGAAGAAAGAUAA